AUGCCGCGCCCCGAGUACGCGCCUUUUCUCACGUCCCCGCGCGGCGCGUCCGCCUCCAUGGGGCGAUCGUUCGUCGCCGCCGCCCCGCGCGCCGUCUCGGCACUCGGGUCGGCCGCCUCGGGGACGCUCAGCGCCGCACUGAGCGUCGCGAAGCUCAACUUGCACCGCCGCCGUCGCCAGACGUUCGACCACCUGACCGACAGCGGCACCGGCCGACGCUCGACGUACGUCGACUGCGACGACGACGACGAGGCCGACGACAACGACAAUGGCGCGGACGACGACGACGACGACGAUCCGUUUGAGCCGCUGCCGUCGUCUGCCGCGCACGCGCACAAGCGCCUGCAGCGGCCGUCGAGUCAGCUGCGCCUGCAAAAGUCCGUGCGGCCCGCUGAGGGGCUCGUGGCGCCGUCGCCCUCGACGCGCUCGCGGUCGUCGUCGGCCACGUCGCCCUCGAGUCUGCGGGACGAGGCCAUGUCGUCGUCCAUGGUGAGCGACGGGGCGCCGCCGCCGCUGCCCGAGCUCUCGAGCGACCGCGUGCACGCGCUCGUCAGCUUCAUCGACCGGUCGGUGGACAGCGCCCACAACCUGAGCCUCGGCUUUGGGCGCGUGCGCUGGACGCCCAGUCGCGCGAGAGACGGCGUGACGAUCCGCCGCGCGCGGAGCGGACCGGACGACGCGACGCUGGACGCCGCCGUGCGCGGGAGCUGCAACAUCAGCGCAACGUCCCGCGAGCUCAGCGACCUGUUGAUCACAGAGACGACGGCGGACUUUGCCGAGUUCGAGCACGCAGUGAACCCCAGUGAGUUCCUCGACGGCCAAGUGCUGUACACGCUGGUGCCGCGCACGCCCGAGGAGCGGUUCGUGUGCGUCAAGUGGCACUGCACGCGGUCGAUGGCGUCCUCGGUGGCGAAGCACCGCGACUACGUGUACGUGGAGCUCGUGGAUUCCUUCAAAGACGAAGACGGCCGUCGUAUUGGCUAUCGCCUGAGCAAGAGCGUGGACCUGGACGUCCUGCCGCCGCGGGACACGAAGCAUUUGUUCGUGCGGGCCAAGACGUUGACGCUGCAGACGUGGAGCGAGCGAGCGCCCGGAAGUUUGGAGUUUGUCACGAUGAUGAUCAACGAUCUGGGCGACGGACUGCCGUCUUGGCUGGUGCACAAGAUGGUCGACGCGGCAGCGAUGCGCUCGGCGUGUAUCCGCGACCACAUCAACCAGCGCCGCCUCGAUAUGUUGGUGUACGCUGGACCGAGGGACAUGGUGCCGCUCAGCCGCCGUAUUUGCUGCGUGGUGUGCACGCGCAGCUUUUCGCUCGUGCGGAAGAAGUAUAGCUGUGCGGCAUGUGGCGAUGUCGUUUGUAGCCAGUGCAGUGUGCACCAGCUCGUGACUGCGCAUCAGCGACUGAGCGAUCUCUCGGCACCUGGAGGGAAGCGCAAGACGCGUAUUUGUCUGAAGUGUAGCAGCACUAUGCAGAACAAAGAGCUGCCUCGACGCGCAUCGUCUGCGCGACAUAGCGAGAUUUCUCACGUCAGCUCGGAGGGCAGUGUCCGUAGUUCGUUAGCAUCGAACGGCUCGUUUCUGGCGCGCUCGCACGUGUCUGCAGGAAAGACUUCGGACGAAACUCGACGCAGUUUUCUAUCCGACUCCACUGCGGGAACAAGUUCGCAGGAUUCUGUUGAAGACAGUGGCCGUGGCAGUAGCAACGGGUCUUCUACAUUGCGCAAACAGGUACCUAGCGUGUUUCAAGUCCGCCUGACGUCUUCUUCGUUGGGCAAGAGCGAGCGUUUGUCAAAGGCGUCUACGUCGUCUCUGUCGCCCGGUCACGAUGAGGACCGCUUGGGCGUUGAAGGGUAUCAGACACAAGUGCUUGGUGAUAGUGUACACGCGCCUGCACCUGUAAAGCUUGACCUUGGUGUUGAGAAGUACAAGGAGAUUUUGCCCACGCGUCACUCGGAGAGAAAGCUUGACGUGGAAGCACCGAAGCAAGCCAAGUACAGCAACAUGGGGGGUAAGCCUACUGUGGACGGCGCUGGCAAUUUUCUGGACACGGAAGGUUACAAGAAGGGUCCGAUGCGUCAAUCUGCAGCAGUGGUGACACUGGAGAUGGACAUGCCACCGGUACGAAAAGUGGAAGUGGCUAGUUUUCUGACAGAAGAAGAGAAUGCGAAGCUGGACACUGCGUCAAGUGAUUCGGAAUCGGCUAGUUUUCUUACGGUGGACGAGAACUCGAAAAUCGUGGAGAGUCGAUCUUUCGGAAGACGAAGUGAGACCGGCGUUCCAGUUCCUGUGCAGGUGGAAGAGCUCAUCAUUGAAGAAGUGACGCCCGAGAACUUCUGUACCGUUCCGCGGCGCAGCAAAGAGUUUGGAGCAGUCGGGGUGGAAGAGCUGGUCAUAGAGGAAGUCGAGCCCGUCACUGUGAGUUUUGUGCCUCGACGGAGCUUCAAGACGGACGAAUUUGUUGCAGGGAAGGUUCAUCCCGAACAUGGCGGCAUUGUCCCGCGACGUAGCAUCAUCAAGUCGGAGCAGCUCGUAGACGGGGCGGCUCAGUCUGAAAAUGCGAGAAAUGCCUCUUUGCUCUGUUUGGACAAAGUGGAAGUCGAGGUACCGAUGGUGGUUCGUAAAGUGCCGAAGCGAGUGGUCGUUGGCUCUGGCAGACGGCAGAGUCGCGAAACAAGAAGAGCACCAUCGCUGCGGCCAGCCGGUGCACCGCCUCCGCCACCGAGGGCUGCUGACUCGCUGUCAGAUAAUUUUGCGAGUGUCAGCAAGAAGAACCUGGUGACCGGCGACGGCGGCCGUUCAGCUCCAUCGUCGGCUCCAGUUCAGGGCUCCGAAGCAUCAGAAGAAGAGGCAAUCAAAGUCGAGGACCUACAGAUGCAUUUGGACCGCAUGAAUCAAAUCUCGGCAAGACUGCGUGUUCUGCAAACAACGGAGACUCCAGUCAGCACGCAAACAGCAAUGGCUGCGCUCACGACGUUUGAGACCAAGGCGAAGGCUGAGCGUGCCGCCAAGAUUGCAGCCAACUUCGUCAGUCUGUUGGACCGACACGCCGCACCAGCGGCUCGUCGCGCGCAGCAGUAUCUGAAGCAGUGUAGCAACCACCGCACAAGUCUGUUUAACUUGACGCUCGCCAUGGGCGAUGGCAGCUUUGUGGAUUACCUCGUCGACUCGACGUUCGAAGACAUCGGGGAGAGUCCCGACGGCACGGGCUCGGGCUGGCAAUCGGUGCUUUCUCAGACGACGGGCAAGCAGUAUUUCUACAACCAGAACUGUGCGCUUGCAUCCUGGACGUUGCCCGGCCCCGACGUGUUUCGGGGCACGCUUUACAUGGUGCUGUAG